AUGUUCCACACACCCCAAAAACGUACGAGUGACACCUUGACAAUUGACGUGAGCAGGGCUCCAACAAAAGCUGAGGCAUCCGUAGUUCGGAAAAGCAUUGAUAAACUGGAGGCUCUGAACACUAUUGUGUCGCCCCCCACCCGGGAGCCUCCAGUUCUUAAAAAGAAAGUAGUCGUAAGUAAGAGACAAGUCGAAGACAAGGAGGGAAGCCCACCUGCAACGGCAUCCAUUUUUUUGAUUGAAGGUAAAGCCUGUCUAUUAAAAGCGAAAAGUCACAUAAGGGACUCCCGAAAUCUCAAAGUGGAAAGAAAAGAGGGAGUCAUCGCAGCGCUAGACAGACUCUACCAGAUAAUUAAAGAACAAGAUAUAGAGCUCACCAGUGCGAGAGCUGGGAGCGGCGGAGGGCAGGGGAGGGACCCUUUACAUCCCCCCCAGCCGUCCCACGCAAAUUCGAAGAUACUUGACCAAGCACUGGUGGAAGAAAAUUACAAAUUACAUGAAAGCAUGAAAGAGAGUAUGAAAGGAAUGACGAAAAAGAUGGAAGAGAUGAGCGGAAUUAUGAAAGAGAGUGAGGUGAGAAUGGAAAGGCUGAGCUCGUUGUUGGAGAACAACAUAACUGUCGCCAAAAGGACAAGUUACGCGGCCGUUGCUUCGAGAGGAGUCGCUGAGGGACUCCCCGGAACAAGGGCUUUGCAUUCGGUUGUGGUGUCCUCCAAGGAUGAUCAGGAAACGGGAGAAGAAGUAUUGGAGAAGAUUAGGAAGACUGUGGAUGCAAAAGAUGGAUGGGUAAAAGUGGAAAGAGUAAGGAAGGUGAAGAACAGAAAGGUAGUUGUCGGCUGUGUGAGCGAAGAAGAAAGAGAUAAGGUGAAAGAGAGACUGGGAAAGAAUGAGGGACUAGUUGUGGAAGAAGUUAAAAACAAGAGCCCCCUUCUGGUUUUCAGGGAUGUGAUGAAGUGUGACACUGGCGACUUCAUCACUGCGCUAAAUAAUCAGAACGCAGGCAUCCUUGAGGGCUUGAAGGGGGAAGAGCGAAAGGUUGAAGUAGCGUAUGUGAUGAAAGCUAGGAACCCCCUCCAAAACCACGUGGUAGUAAGAGCGAACCCACAGGUAUGGAGGAGAUGGAUGAACGAAGGACACGCCCACAUAGGGUUGGGCAGAGUGAGAGUAAUGGACCAUAGUCCACUGGUGCAGUGCUCCCGCUGCCUUGGGUAUGGGCAUACUAAGAGGAUGUGUAGGGAAGAAAAGGAACGAUGCAGCCACUGCGCCGGUCCUCAUAUGAGGACUGAAUGCGACAAGUGGUUGCGGGGAGAAGCGCCUCAGUGCAUUAACUGCACUAAAGCCAAGAAAGGUAGCGCUGAGCACAGCGCCUUUGAUCGUGAAUGUUUUGAACGAAAGAAGUGGGACGCUCUAGCCAGGUCAGCGGUGGCGUAUUGCUAAGGUUGUCCAAGGUGAGUACUU